GGCACUCUACCUUGGAUAAUACGGGGGCGUUUUGACUGUCGGUUGCGGCUGAAAGGAGGCAAGCUGCGGUGAAUGUGAUUGAGAUUCAUAAUUGACCCCUCUUGGGGCCUUUCACAGUACGAAGGAGGAGCGACAAUAGAGUGAUGACUCACGGUCCACUGGGGGGUGGCCAGACCCAGCGCGACCUUUGACCUCUGCUCCCCCUGACGCCCAUGCUGGCACACACACCCAAGGCCAACGAGACCUAGCCUGCUUGCCACCUGGGGCCCGUACCACCACGUCUCUGCACAUCUCUGCGUGUGUGUGUGUCUACGUGCGUGUUUCUUAACACAUUACAAAGCCAUGGGCACCCUGGGGGAGGGUGUCGGGGGAGGCGGAGGAGGGGUCGACCCGGUCGCUGUGGGCCAGGCGGUCCUGGAGGCCCUGUGCCCCGAGUGCGGUCAGAUCCACCGGGCCUGGGAGAACCACCUGUACAACUACCGGCUGGAGGUGGACGAGGACCUGGUGUGCCACAUCUGCCUGCAGCCGCUGGUGCAGCCGCUGGACACGCCGUGCGGACACACCUUCUGCGCCCGCUGCCUGCGCAGCUUCCUGCAAGAGCGCGACUUCUGCCCGCUGGACAGGGCGCGGCUGCAGCUGACCGCCUGCCGGCGCUCCAGUAUCCUAGUGCACAAGCUGCUGGACAAGCUGUCUGUGUCGUGCCCGCUUGCGCCCCUCUGCCAGCUCAGCAUGCCACGCUGCGACCUGGAGGCCCACCUCAAGCACAGGUGUCCAGGCACCCAGAGCCAGCGUGCGGUGCUGGACCUGCCCAGGCUGGAGUGUGUGGAGGAGAGGGCCAUGGUGACGGACCCUCCGCGCUCGCCGCAGACCACCCUGAGGGACGUCUCGCCGUCGCCCCCCACAGGCCCCACCACCACCUGCAGCAGCGUGCCCAUGUGGACGGAGGAGUCGGGCGUAGACAAUCCUGCCUUUGAGGAGAGCACGGAGGAAGACAGUGUAGUGGGUUUAGAAUGUGCUCCUCCUCGUGUCAAACGCCCUCUCAGUAACCCCUGCAUCCACCUCCUGCGCACUGGAAGCUCCGCCUCGUCUGGGUGGGACUGUGCAGAGUCCCCGCCUCUCUCGGCAGAGGAAGGCUGUGUGAAGCUGCCCUCCCUGCCUGAGGGGGAGAUCACCACCAUUGAGAUUCAUCGCUCCAACCCCUACAUGGAGCUGGGCAUCAGCAUCGUGGGAGGCAACGAGACCCCCCUCAUCAACGUGGUGAUCCAGGAGGUGUAUCGCGACGGGGUGAUCGCUCGGGAUGGGAGACUGUUGGCUGGUGACCAAAUAUUACAGGUGAAUAACGUAGACAUCAGUAACGUGGCCCAUAACGUGGCCCGCACCACCCUGGCUCGCCCGUGCACCACCCUCCAGCUGACGGUGCUCCGAGAACGCCGCUGUGCCGCCCGGCCUCCCCCCGCGGCGCCCGUGGCCCCCGCGUCCGACCGCCACCCCCACACCGCCCCCUGUGGCAUUGGUGGCGGUGGAACCGGAGGGGGCAGCGGCAGUCCGGCCAGCCUGCGGAUCACCCUCCACAAGCGGGACUCGGCUCAGCUGGGCAUCAAGUUGGUGCGGCGUACGGACGAGGCGGGCGUCUUCGUGCUGGACCUGCUGGACGGUGGACUGGCCGCCAAGGACGGCAGGCUGUGCCGGGACGACCGCGUGCUGGCCAUCAAUGAGCACGACCUCCGGCACGGCACGCCAGAGCAGGCCGCGCAGAUCAUACAGGCCAGUGGGGAGAGAGUCCAUCUUCUGAUUGGCCGUCCUAACAAGCAAAGUACGCCCCUGCUGACCGGCACCAAUGACAUGAGAGAUAGCUGGUGCCAUGACAACACCCCGCCCCUCCCCCACACAGCGGCGCCUAGCCCUGUGCCCAGCCUGCAAAUGGUCCGGUCCAGCGCUCACAGAGAUCUCUCCCAGUGUGUGACCUGUAAGGAGAAACACAUCACGGUGAAGAAGGAGCCUCACGAGUCCCUGGGCAUGACUGUAGCGGGCGGGCGAGGCAGCAAGAGCGGCGAGUUGCCAAUCUUCGUGACGAGCGUCCAGCCCCACGGUUGCCUGGCACGAGAUGGCCGCAUCAAGCGAGGUGAUGUUCUCCUGAGCAUUAAUGGGCAGGACCUGACGUACUUGAGCCACAGUGAGGCGGUGGGCACGCUGAAGGCCAGCGCCGCGUCCUGCUCCGUCCAGCUGAGGACCCUAGAGGUGGACAUGACGGAGGAGCUGUGUGGUGAUGAGGACUUCCUGGCCCCGCACGACAAUAAUGAGUAUGAUGCCAGCUGGUCGCCAUCUUGGGUCAUGUGGCUAGGGCUGCCCAGCUACCUGUACAGUAGCCAUGAGAUUGUCCUGCGGCGCAACCAUCCAGGAAGCUGGGGCUUCAGCAUUGUCGGGGGCUACGAGGAAAACCAUAACAACCAAGCGUUCUUCAUCAAGACCAUUGUCCUAGGAACACCAGCGUACUACGAUGGUCGCCUCAAGUGCGGAGACAUGAUUAUAGCUGUGAACGGCCUCUCGACAGCGGGCAUGACUCACUCUGCACUGGUGCCCAUGCUGAAGGAACAGCGGAGUCGGGUGGCACUGACCGUGGUGUCCUGGCCGGGCAGCCUCGCAUAGCGCCCUCUCCUGACCAAGCAUCAGACUACGCCCAGACAUUUGUGUUUUUAGAUCAGAAAACAACAAAAACACUCCUCAGUGUUUUUUUUCUACUCUCCGCUGUGUUGAAAACUAAACGAGUCUCGGAGCUUGAUUUUUUUGCACCACUCAAUGCUGAAGAAAAGACAAAUAAAUAACUAAAACGAACAAACAUACCAGGCCUUAGUAAACCUGCCACGCCCGCAAGGCUCGACCCCCAGGAGCGCAGCCUUAAGGUCUCUCCAUCACCGUGAUCAGCGGUCCUAUGUAGAGCUGGGGGGGGUUUUAUAUUUGUAUGUGUGUAAGUAUGUGUGUGUGUGUGUGUGUGUGUGUGUGUUAAGCUAUUUGUUAAAUAAAUCUUUCCCAGAGUGGACAUCUGGGUGUGUUAUUAA